AUGAAAGAGGAUUCGCCACCAGGCGUAUCGGCGUCACCACUACCUGAUAACGUUAUGGUAUGGAAUGCGAUGAUAAUUGGACCAGCAGAUACACCAUAUGAAGAUGGGACAUUCAGACUGCUGUUAGAAUUUGAUGAGGAAUACCCGAAUAAGCCUCCACAUGUAAAAUUUUUGAGUGAAAUGUUCCAUCCAAAUGUAUAUGCGAACGGAGAAAUUUGUCUAGAUAUUCUGCAAAAUCGAUGGACACCAACUUAUGAUGUGGCAUCAAUACUGACGUCUAUUCAAAGUCUUUUCAACGAUCCAAACCCUGCUUCGCCCGCUAAUGUAGAAGCUGCGACAUUAUUCAAAGACCACAAGUCACAGUAUGUAAAAAGAGUGAAAGAAACUGUAGAGAAAUCAUGGGAGGAUGACAUGGACGAUAUGGAAGAUGAGGAAGAUGAAGACGAAGAUGAUGAUGAAGAUUGA